CAAUCUUCAACGCACAUCCCGGCCUGGUCUCUGUCCGAGGCAAAAGUGUACAAGAUUGGAUUCUGGAGCCGGAGACUGCGACACCCGCCCCCCCAAGUAAAAGCCACAACCUUUGCCCUCUCUCCCUCUCGCCUGCCUCGCUCGAGCAACAUUUCCCAUCUUCGGAGAGGAUAGCACAACACAUCGCCAGCAGAGAGCAUGAGAAGAGGUUCAUUCGGUGGCAUGGGAGGUGGGAGCAACAGCAUGUUUAGGACUCUCGGUCGGUCGGUCAUCCGAGCUGGCGGUGCCGGCGGCGGCGGGUUUCAAGAAUCCUUCGCUGCUUCCUCUAAUUCCUCUCCUACUUCUCCCAGAAGUGCCUCUGGCUCUGGCCACAAGCUCAGCUCUAGCCACCAGCUUUCUCUCUCCUCUGCUGCUUCGCCCUUCACUCCAUGUAACACCGUCCCUGUAUCUGCCGCUUCUGGCGUGGCGACGUGGCUACCAUUUGCCCCUUCGUCCGAGGUCGAUGAUUACGAGUGGGUGUACGGUGACGGGAAUGAAGACGAAAGGAGGAGCCUUCACUUCGAUGAUUUUGUUCUUGGGUCUGUUCCUUCCACCGACGAGGUUCACGGUGCCGUUUCUGCUAUUCAACAGGUUUUUGAUUCUGGGCCAUACUCUCAGUAUGUCCGGGACAGAUUCAGUCCAUAUGUGGACAAGGAUUUAACAGAUCAGGUGAAAAACGCCUCUAAUUUGCUGCCUCGAGUUUCUUCUUCUGGAUCAGAGAUGGAUUGGAUAGAGCCUGCUGUUCAUCUUUGUAACUCUGGAGCAUUGCAACCUUAUGAACGAGUAUGCGACGCUUUCCACUUGCUGCAGAGGGACCCAUCUGUUCAGAGGAUGGUUAUUUCACUGUCAUCAGAUAAAGCUGUCUGGGAUGCUGUUUUGAAUAAUGAGGUAGUCAAGGAGCUCAGAGAAUCAUGCCAAGCAGCGGAAAUUACUAGUAUUCCAGAUAUAAGUUCGGAUGAGAGCUCCAUUGAUUCCAAUGGAGUGGUCAAUGUGGUAAGGUGGAUGUUUGACAACACUGUCGCAAAAGUCACGGAACUGGUCGAGAAGAUCACAAAGCUAGUUGGUGACUUGUUCCAGAUGCCUCCAAAUGAGGAGGCCGCCUCAUCAGGACAUGCUGACCCCUUUGAGGAAAAGUUGAGAAUGUCGUUUCUGCUAUCCGUCGUGGUCCUCCUGGUCAUAGCUGUGACUCGAGCUCACAACGCUUGAUCCAACCAUCAUUUGUCGACAUGACUUUUGUAAAUCAAUAGUGAUUCCUCGUUUUCUUUCUGUAAAUUGUGACAAAUGCGCGAUUUAAGUUUUUUGUGGUCAGUCAAAACUACUGUUGUUUCAUAUGUCAAUAAAUAAUGGUGUUUGCU